CAUUAGUCUGCGCUUUCCUCUGCAUCUGUUGUGAUUAGGCUGAGGUUAUUCAGUAAAGCUCAUCCACUCAUGAAUCAGUUUAUCAUAAACUUCAGUGUUUGGACUCUAUUAUAAAGAUGAAGUUGAUUAAAGAAGAGACUGAAGAUGUGAAGAUUGAAGAAACGUUCAGAAUCAAAGAAGACACUGAGGAACAAACAGAGCUCCCGCUGAAAGAGGAGAGCACAGUGCCGAAUGAAACAGAAGAGAAAGUAAAAUAUGAAACUCACCAUGUUUUUAUAACUGGAAAAGAAUCUCUCAGUUGGCUACAGACUAAAGAAACUUUCUCACAGAAAACAACUGAUAGAACAGGAACUGGACAUUUUUUGAUCCCUCUCCAGUGUGAAAGUCUCAAUGAACACAUAAACAUUACACAUUGUAAGAAACACCCUGUUCACACUGGAGAAAAGCGUUACAUGUGCCAUCAGUGUGGAAAAAGAUUCAACCAAAAAGGAGACCUUAACCGGCACAUGAGAGUUCACACUGGAGAGAAGCCUUACACCUGCCAACAGUGUGGAAAGAGUUUCAAACAACACGGAGACCUUAAAGUGCACAUGAGAGGUCACACUGGAGAGAAGCCUUACACCUGCCCAGAGUGUGGAAAGAGUGUCAAAGAAUAUGGAUACCUUAAAGUGCACAUGAGAAUUCACACUGGAGAGAAGCCUUGCACUUGCCAACAGUGUGGAAAAGGUUUUACUCAUGAAGGAAACCUCAACAGGCACAUGAGGAUUCACACUGGAGACAAACCUUUCACCUGCCAACAGUGUGGAAAGUUUUAGUCAAAAGUAGACCUUACCAGGCACAUGAGAAUUCACACUGGAGAAGCCUGCCAACAGUGUGGAAAGUGUUUCACACUGGAAACCUUAAGUGCACAUGAAGGAGAGAAGCCUUGCACUUGUCAACAGUGUGGAAAAAGUUUCACUCAUGAAGGAAACCUUUACAGGCACAUGAGAACUCACACUGGAGAAAAAACUUUUAUUUGCCAACAGUGUGGAAAAAGUUUUACUCAAAAAGAAAGCCUUAAAGUGCACAUGAGAGUUCACACUGGAGAGAAGCCUUACGCCUGCUCUGAGUGUGGAAAGAGUUUCAAUAGACAAAGAAACCUUAAUGACCACAUGAUGAUUCAUACAGGAGAGAGUCCUUUUAUCUGCCAACAGUGUGGAAAACGUUUCACUAGAAAAGAAAGCCUUGACAGACACAUGAGAAUUCACUCUGGAGAGAAGCAUUAUGUGUGCCUUCAGUGUGGAAAAAGUUUCAACGAAAAAGGAAGUCUUAACAAACACUUGAGAAUUCACACUCAGAGAGUUUCUUCCCCUGCCAACAGUGUGGAAAAAGUCUUACUCAAAAAUCAAACCGAAACAGGCACAUACCUGAGCAUGUUACGUCAGGCCACAUCUGCUCUACUACCAUCACGCUCAACCACUUGGUGCACAGACAAUAAUCUGCUCCUUAACACCACCACGGCUAAGGAGCUCAUUAGGAAGAAGAGAAGAGGCACACAUGAUUCCAUCCACAUUAAUGGGAUAGUCUGUCUCCUACUUCAAGUUCCAGAGGACCAGCAACUGUCCUGGACCAGCAACAUCUACAGCCUGGUCAAGAAGGCUCACCAUCUCCUGUUCUUGAGAACCCUAAAGAAGAACCAGCCGUCCCCAGCCAUCCUGGUGAACUUCUACUGCUGCACCAUCAGCUGCACCCAAAGUUCAUCAUCUCCUCAUCAAUCCGCGCCGUUCUUUUCGGCUGAAGAAAGGACAGUCUCAGCAGAAAUGGAGUUUAUUAAAGAAGAGACUGAAGAUGUGAAGAUUGAAGAAACGUUCAGAAUCAAAGAAGAAGACACUGAGGAACAAAUAGACUUGUUGCUGAAAGAGGAGAGCACAAAACCAAAUGAAACGGAAGAGAAAAUACAACAUGAAGCUGAUCAUGAUUUUAAAACUGAAGAAUCUUUCUGUUCACCACAGACUAAAAAUACUUUCUCUCAGAGUACAACUCGUAGAACCGAAACUGAAAGUUUUUCACCCCCUCUUCAGUGUGAAAACGGUCUCAUUGAACAUGGAGACCUUACACACUGUAAGAAACACACUGUUCACACUGGAGAGAAGCCUUACACGUGCCCUGAGUGUGGAAAGAGUUUUGAUCUACAUGGAAACCUUAAAGGGCACAUGAAAAUUCACACUGGAGAGAAGCCUUAUACCUGUCAACAGUGUGGAAAAAGUUUCACUCAUGAAGGAAACCUUAAAGUGCACAUGAGAAUUCACACUGGAGAGAAGCCUUUUAUCUGCCAGCAGUGUGGAAAAAGCUUUGCACAUAAAGUGAACUUUAAAGUGCAUAUGAGAGUUCACACUGGAGAGAAGCCUUACACCUGUCAACAGUGUGGAAAAAGUUUCUACCGAAAAAGAAGCCUUAAUGAUCACAUGAGAAUUCACACUGGAGUGAAGCCUUACACCUGCAAACAGUGUGGAGUUAGUUUCACUCAUGAAGGAAACCUUAAAGGGCACAUGAGAAUUCACACUGGAGUGAAACCUUACACAUGCGAACAGUGUGGAAGAAGUUUCAAUAGAAAAAGAAGCCUUAAUGACCAUAUGAGAAUUCACACUGGAGAGAAGCCUUACACUUGCGAACAAUGUGGAAAAAGUUUCACUCAUGACGGAAACCUUUACAGGCACAUGAGAAUUCACACUGGAGAAAAGCCUUUCAUCUGCCAACAGUGUGGAAAAAGUUUUACUCAAAAAGAAAGCCUUAAAGUGCAUGAGAGUCACACUGGAGAGAAGCCUUACGCCUGCUCUGAGUGUGGAAAGAGUUUUGAUCUACAUGGAAACCUUAAGGUGCACAUGAGAGGUCACACUGGAGACAAGCCUUACAUCUGCAAACAGUGUGGAAAAAGUUUUAUUCAUGAAGGAAAUCUUAAAGUGCACAUCAGAGGUCACACUGGAGAUAAGCCCUUUACCUGCCUACAGUGUGGAAAAAGCUUUACUCAAAAAGGAGACCUUAACAGGCACAUGAGAGUCCACACUGGAGAGAAGCCUUACACCUGCCAACAGUGUGGAAAGAGUUUCAAUAGAAAAACAAACCUUAAUGACCAUAUGGCAAUUCAUACAGGAGAGAGUCCUUUUAUCUGCCCACAGUGUGGAAAAGUUUCAACCGAAAAGGAAAGCCGUAACAGACACAUGAAAGUUCACACUAGAGAAAAGCGUUAUGAGUGCCAUGAGUGUGAAAAAAGUUUCACAGAAAAAGGAAAUCUUAACAAGCACAUGAGAAUUCACGCUAGAGAAAAACCUUUUACAUGCCCUCAGUGUGGAGAGAGUUUUGAUCUACAUGGAAGACUUAAAGCCCAUAUGAAAGUUCACACUAGAGAAGAAUCCUAUACAUGCUCUCAAUGUGGAGAAAGUUUUAGUCAACACGGAAGACUUAAAGUCCACAUGAGAGUUCACACUGGAGAGAGUCUCUUCCCCUGCCAACAGUGUGGAAAAAACUUUUACUCAAAUAUCAAACCGUAACAGACACAUGAGAAAAUUACACAGUAUAUUUUCAAAUCAGUAACUAUAUUUUAAUUCAAUGGAUUAGCGUGAGGUGACACUGCACAGAACGAUCAGCGUAUGACAUCAAAGUACCAUGAGAGUGUUUCAAAAGCAUAAGGAUCUGUUUGCUCUCUUAUCAGUCUCAUGGUACUUGAUGUCAUACACUGAUCACUCAAAUCGUUUCAAAUUGAACGCACCUAGUAAUUGCCUUGCUCUGUUGAGUUUUGAAGGCUUGGAGCUAAACUGCAGGACAGUGGCGCUCCACGGCCAUUCCAUUUUUUUUAUGUGCUUCACUUGCAAACGUCCCUCUGACUUGUUUACUCAGAUGUACUGAUUAUGUUGCAUAAGUGCCCACUACUGGCAGAACCCUUGCAAUGGGAUGAAUCAGGAUGUCCUAAGCCAGGGAUGCCAAACUUAAUUCCUGUAGGGCCGGAGCCUUGCAGAGUUUAGAUGCAACCCUAAUUAAACACACCGGAUUCAACUAAUCAAGUCAUUCAGGUUUAACUGAAAAAUACAUAGCAUGUGUGUACCUUAUAAAUGUAUUUAGUGCAGCAUUCUAUAUGUAUGUAAGUAUGCUUGGGCUGUUAUACAUUUUACGAAAGUUAUUUAGUAUACAGUUGUUUUUGAAAGUUCUUCUAAAAGGUUUAAAGAAGUUACUAAAAGUUGACUUUUCUAAUUCUUUUUAUUUUGG